GCUCGCCCAGUCUCGGCUCUCGGCUCGCUGUGGCGCGUUUCGUGCUACAGGGGAUGCAGGUGGAGCGGCUGGAGAAGGGGAAGUGGAGGCUGAGCGCCGCAUUACGCAGCAGUGGAGAGAUAGUGAACAGAAGAGGCGUUUAAUACACUAAAUGGUGGAUGUCACUGCGCGGGACUGCCAACCCCGAAGGACGAGCAGAGGCCUGGACAAUAGAGGAUUUGGGGAAUGGCAGCUAUCCCUGCUUGCUCGUCUCUUUGAUCUGUGGAACUCUGGCAGACUGUCUCGGCAAGGAACUGUAGAAGAGCAAAUGGAAAUCAUGCAUUUACCCCAUUACCAGCUGCAUACAAACCAGCGUAGAAUAAAACCUAACAAGUAAAGCUUUGUUCACCUGAACAUGAAAUGUUGUGUAUGAUUAUUUAACAUGUGGAAUCCAACAAAUUUCUAAAUCAGUUUUUGGGUUUCAGAAGACUUGAAUACCUUGCAAGCUUUGCAGACAAAACUCUCCCAUGUAUUCCUCCACGAAGAACAUUCAGAGGAGAAUCGCGAUGGAGAAUUGGCUCGAAAGAAACUGUUAAACAUUAGGUUGUUUUUUUUUUUUUAGAAUCAGGGGCCUUUCCUAUUUUGGCGGUGCUAUUUUUCGAAAAGGCCAGAUACGUUAAUACGCCACACUGGGAAUAAAUCUCUCCUUUGCAGUGGAUUAAGAGAAACGGAACAUUAGGGAAAGCAGGAUUUAGGCGCGUGCUUGGAAGACGAUGACGAGGAAGUGGAGGUGUAGUGGGGGGAAGGGCUUGGCAGAGCUGCUGCUGGGGCUGCUGGCGGCCUCCUUGCUGACAGCCUACUCCUCUCUGGUGGUGGCGCUGGAGUUUGAUGGCCUGCCGGGCCAAUGGGCUCGUUACGGGCGCUGGGAGGAGGCUGGAGGCACAGGAGAGCUGAGCUUUACCAUGAAGACCAACAUCAGCCGGGCUGUGGUGCUGUACCUGGACGAUGGUGGUGAUUGUGAUUUCCUGGAGCUGCUGAUAAGCGAGGGACGCCCGCUGCUGCGCUUUGCCAUCCACUGUGGCGAACCCGCCUCCCUGCACCUGGAGACUCGUGUGAGCGAUGAGCGCUGGCACCGUGUGCUGCUCACACGCAACUACCGCCAGACUGCACUGGCUGUCGACGCGGAAUCCAAGGUGGCUGAGGUCAAGUCCAAGCGCAGGGAAAUGGUGGUGGCCAGUGACCUCUUUGUGGGUGGCAUCCCUCCGGAUGUUCGUCUGUCAGCUCUGACUUCUAGCACCGUUAAAUAUGAGCCACCAUUCCGGGGCCUGAUUGCCAACCUGAAGCUAGGGGAGGCUGCUCCUGUUCUUCUGGAUGGCCAGGGGGUCAAGAACGAUCUGGAGUAUCUGUGUGCCAAGCAGAACCCGUGCAGCAAUGGAGGAUUCUGCUCCAUCCACCAGGGCGAGGUCGUGUGUGAUUGUGCCAGCACCAGCUAUAAGGGGAAGUACUGUACCGAAGCUGUCCAGCAAGUGUCUGAAGGUCUGGCGCACCUGAUGUUAAAGAGCCAAGCCCCAGGACCUGCUCCACUGAUGGCCACUGCAGCUGCAGGUGGUCCAGAAUCAGGACGAGGGGAGUCUGUGGCCACGUUCAAGGGCAACGAGUUCUUCAGCUACGAUCUCUCACAGACGCCAAUCCAGAGCAGCACGGAUGAGAUCACGCUGUCCUUCCGCACGCUGCAGCGCAAUGGCCUGCUGCUGCACACCGGGAAGUCAGCUGACUACGUCAACCUGUCUCUGAAGAGUGGCGCUGUGUGUCUCGUCAUCAACUUGGGCUCUGGUGCCUUUGAGGCCCUGGUAGAGCCAUCUGACGGCAAGUUCAACGACAACGCCUGGCACGCCGUGCGCGUCUCCCGCAACCUGCGGCAGCACGCAGGGGUUGGACUCCCUACGGUAAACAAACUGCAUUAUAUGGUCACAAUAUCUGUGGACGGUUUGCUGACCACCACAGGCUACACUCAAGAGGACUACACCAUGCUGGGUUCAGAUGAUUUCUUCUAUGUGGGUGGCAGUCCAAACACUGCUGACCUGCCCGGCUCCCCAGUCAGUAACAACUUCAUGGGCUGCCUCAAAGAUGUGGUGUACACCAAUAACGAGUUCAGGCUAGAGCUCUCCCAUCUGGCUGAGUUGCAUGAUCCCAAGGUCACCCUGCAUGGCGAUCUGACCUUCCGCUGUGAAGAUGUGGCUGCUCUGGACCCAGUCAGCUUUGACACACCGACUGCCUAUGUCACUCUUCCUCGCUGGAAUGCCAAAAAGACUGGCUCUGUCUCCUUUGAUUUCCGCACCACGGAGCCCAGUGGUCUGCUGCUGUACAGCCAUGGACGAGUGCAGGGGCCCCGAGAGCGCCGGCCCAGGGUGGACUUCUUUGCCAUGGAACUGCUGGAGGGCUUUCUGUACCUGCUCAUGGACAUGGGCUCUGGCAGCAUCAAGAUGAAGGCCAGCAGCAAGAAGGUGAACGACGGCGAGUGGUGCCAUGUGGACUUCCAGAGAGAGGGCCGUAAAGGCUCCAUCUCAGUGAAUGGUCGCAGCAUGCCCUUCUCCUCCAACGAGGGCAGUGAAAUCCUGGAUCUGGAAGGGGAGAUGUAUCUGGGGGGUUUGCCUGAAGACAGUGAUGGCCUGCUUCUGCUGCCUGAGGUGUGGACGGCACCACUGCGACUGGGCUUUGUGGGCUGCGUGAGGGAUCUGUUUGUGGAUGGCCGCAGUAGGGACCUGCGGCGGCUGGCAGAACUACAGAGCGCAGCAGGGGUCAGCAGCUUCUGCACACGCGAAACCCACCGGCGCUGCAGUGCUGAGCCCUGUGCACACGGAGGCCACUGCAGAGAGGGCUGGAAUCGCCACAUCUGCGACUGCUCCGGCUCUGGCUACCUGGGGCCCAACUGCGAAACCGAGUCCACGGUGCUGAGCUAUGAUGGCAGCAUGUUCCUGAAGGUGCUGAUGCCUCGCGCCAUGCACACCGAGGCGGAGGACGUCUCAUUGCGUUUCAUGUCCCAGAGGGCCUAUGGCCUACUCAUGGCCACCACCUCCUCAGAGUCCGCAGACACCCUGCGCCUGGAGCUUGACGGGGGAAGAGUUAAACUCACCGUCAACCUAGGUAAAGGACCAGAGACUCUAUAUGCAGGGCACAAGCUGAAUGACAACGAGUGGCACUCUGUGAAGGUGGUGCGCCGUGGGAAGAGCCUGCAGCUCUCUGUAGACAAUGUGACUGUAGAGGGCCAGAUGAGCGGAGCACACACACAGCUGGAAUUCCACCACAUUGAGACGGGCGUCAUGACGGAACGACGCUUUAUCUCCGUCAUGCCCUCCAACUUCAUCGGGCACCUGCAGGGCCUCAACUUCAAUGGCAUGCCAUACCUGGACCAGUGCAAGAACGGAGACAUCUCCUACUGCGAGCUGAACGCACGCUUCGGCAUGCGCCGCAUUGUGGCCGACCCGGUCAGCUUCCGCAGCAGAGCCAGCUACUUAGCACUCUCUACUUUACAGGCCUACGCCUCCAUGCACCUCUUUUUCCAGUUCAAGACCACCAGCCCCGAUGGCCUGCUGCUCUUUAACUCUGGAGAUGGCAGCGACUUCAUCGUGGUGGAGCUGGUUAAAGGGUACAUCCAUUAUGUCUUUGACUUGGGCAAUGGGCCGUCACUCAUGAAGGGCAACUCUGACAAGCCACUCAACGACAACCAGUGGCACAACGUGGUGGUGUCCCGAGAUGACAGCAAUGUGCACACACUCAAGAUCGACUCUCGCACCGUCACACAGCACUCCAACGGAGCCCGCAACCUGGACCUCAAAGGAGAGCUGUACAUUGGGGGUGUGGGAAAGAGCAUGUACAACAGCCUGCCCAAGCUGAUAGCGUCUCGGGAUGGCUACCAGGGCUGUCUUGCCUCUGUGGACCUAAAUGGCAGGCUGCCAGAUCUUAUUGCUGAUGCCUUGCAUAAAGUGGGCCAAGUGGAGAGAGGAUGUGAUGCUGGCCCUGGCACCACCUGCACAGAGGACUCCUGCUCUAACCAGGGUGUGUGUCUGCAGCAGUGGGAGGGCUUCACCUGUGACUGCACCAUGACGACCUACGGUGGCCCCCUCUGCGGUGAUCCUGGGACCACGUAUAUCUUUGGAAGAGGAGGAGCCCUCAUCACUUACACAUGGGCCCCUAACGAGCGGCCGAGCACCAGGGCUGACAGGCUGGCUGUGGGCUUCAGCACUCAGUUGAGAGAUGCCAUCUUGGUGCAGGUGGAGAGCACGCAGGGCCUGGGAGACUACCUGCAGCUACAUAUAGAGCAAGGAAAGAUUGGGGUGAUCUUCAAUGUGGGCACUGAUGACAUCACCAUAGACGAGCCAGCAGUCGUUGUGAGCGAUGGCAAGUACCACGUGGUGCGCUUCACACGCAGUGGAGGCAAUGCCACUCUACAGGUGGACAACCAGCCCGUCAUUGAGCGCUACCCAUCAGGGAACUUUGAUAAUGAACGGCUGGCUAUAGCCAGGCAAAGAAUUCCAUACAGACUCGGUCGGGUAGUUGACGAGUGGCUACUCGACAAAGGGCGACAGCUGACCAUCUUCAACAGUCAGGCAGCCAUUAAAAUUGGGGGUCAGGAUAAGGGCCGACCAUUCCAGGGCCAGAUCUCAGGCCUAUACUAUAACGGGCUUCAGGUGCUGAAGCUGGCCGCUGAGGGUGACCCCAAUGUUAAGGUGGAGGGCAAUCUGAGAUUGGUGGGGGACGCGCCCUCUGUCUUGUCCACAGAGACCACCUCUGCCACGCCUCCAGCAGCUGCCGACAUGUCUACCACAAUCAUGGAGACCACCACUACCAUGGCCACCACCACCACCCGCAGACAGCGCUCCCCUAGUCUGAAAGACAGCAUCACACAGAACUCUGAUGACCUGUUGGUGGCAUCGGCAGAGUGCCCCAGUGAUGACGAGGACCUGGAGGAGUGUGAGCCUGGCACUGGAGGUGAAUUAGUGUUGCCCAUAAUUACAGUGGACACCCAAGACCCCCAGUCUGGGGCCACCCAUUACCCUGCCAUCCCCCCUCCCCCGACCUCCCUGAGCCCCCUCCAGACCACCAAAGAAUCCCUGACCCUGUCUGAACAAAGGCCACCGUGCCCCCCAGACCAGGAGGACUGCGGUGACCCCAUGGAGGUGUCGGCCUUCGGCUCGGGAGAAAUGACCGAGUCGGAUGACGAGGACUUCUAUAAAAACUCCCCAAUGGUCACUGAUAGGACAGUCCUGCCUCCGCCGCCAUCUGUGGGGGGCAAAAGCGGGGGCCAUAGUCCCGGCGGCCAUCGGCCACCUGCUCCCCCUGCCCCAACCACCCACCCCGACCAGCUCCAUAUACCCGCAGGUAAAAUGAACACCCGUGACCAGGUGCUCCUGCCCCCUGCCCCGUCCUCGCGCCUCACCCCAGGACUAACCUACCCGCCCGAUUUCCCCCAUGUGCCCACAGCUCACCCUACAGCUCCAGUGGACAAGGGCCUCCCCGGCGCGGUGGAGGUCAUCCGUGAGUCCAGCAGUACCACAGGCAUGGUGGUGGGCAUCGUAGCGGCCGCCGCUCUCUGCAUCCUCAUCCUCCUCUAUGCCAUGUACAAAUACCGCAACCGCGAUGAAGGCUCCUACCAAGUGGACCAGGGCCGUGGCUCUGGCACCGAAAGCAACGGUGCAGUGGUCAAAGAGAAAACGCCCGGCACCACCGCUGCUGUGGCCAAGACCUCCACCAAGGGAAAGAAAAACAAAGAUAAAGAGUAUUAUGUCUGAAAGAGGAGUGGGAGAGAGAGAGAGAGAGAGAGAGAAAGAGAGAGAGAAGGUUCAAAGAAAGCUAGUGGGCUGUGGAUUUUACAGCUAAAAUCACCCUCCUCCUCAUUCUCAAACAUUUAAGCCUCAUGCUCUUUCACUGCAUUUUCAGAAAGUUUUUCCAUCCCUUUAUGACAUAUGUAUGGUAAAGAUGGAGAGAGAAAGAGAGAAGUGAGAGAAUAUGCUAAUAAAAGAGGUGAAUGCCCCUAUCUUGCGUGUCUUACAUAGCUAUUUUUCACCUCAUUUAAUCCCCCCUUUUGCAUCUCAAGGAAAUCUUCCAUUACAUGCUAGAUGAUGAAAUGCUAUUAAUUCUCUUUGCAAUUAAAAAUUCUGUUUCCAGAGCACAGGCUUGCCUAGAGGUUAAUGAUUCACCACGGAAAGAGAGAGAACAGCCCCCCACCACACUUUCUCUUACGAGCCGUGGUCUCCAGUGUCUACCACUUGGUGAUAUCUACAAGUCCUGUGUUUUGAAUGCUUUAGCUAUUUUCAAGUAAAAUCAAAUGAAUCCUGAAAUUUGAAUGAUACGAAAAAUGUAAUUGCCCAUGAUAGCAUAAUUCAUGUGGAAUAGUAAAUAACUGUGUGACAUAUUGGGCAAACAAGUGUUCUUGUGUAAUCACUUGAAAAUUAGUUAAUUAAAUCCUUUUUUUAAGAAGUAAUUAUAUGGUUGGUGAGAACAAUAGGCCAACAGUACUUAUAAUCAACAUUUACAUGACCAUGUUAACUCAUUUAUGGGGCAUUAAGAAUGUUUGUGCUGUGCAGUUUUAACUUCUGUCUAGGUUUUGGCCAAGUUCAGAAAAAUUCUAGAUGAUCGCAUGUUUUCUUUGAGAAAAUGUAUCUCAUAUAUGAUUCCUCUCACUUGGUAUGCAUUUUAAAUUUACUCGUAGCCAGUGGGCCUACAGGAAGUCAUAUCAUGAUGUUUUGACGGCCACACAAUUUGUGGUGUCGUGAGGGUCCAAAACCAUAAAAGAGUGUAGGAGACAUUUCAAUGUUGACCAUUCUCUCUCUCUCUCACUCUCCAUGGUGCUACGAUGUUCAUUACCUAUUAGGCUACUUAUUGGUGUUCCAUGCAUGAUGUAUUCACGUUCAAACUUUUGGAUUAGAGAGUUGUUUGAUAUGAAAUCAUUAAGUUGAUUUUCAUUGUACUGGACAACUCUCGCCUCAUUCCUGGAGGGAUUCAGAGUGGCAACUCGUCGUGCAAGAAAAAGUUUUGACUAAAGAGACCUAAGAAAAGCUGGAGCUCUUUGCAUCAAUAAAAGACGCUGUAUUUAUGUAAAUAGAAGAUUCUGUGGACGUUGCUGACAGUACAUCAGGAUACAGGUCUGUGUGUAUGCGUGUGUGUGUGUGUGCGUGUGUGUGAGCGUUUGUCCCUGUUCGUCCUCUGGCUUCAGAAAGACAUACUCUAGACUCUUGGGAACUUUCAGUGCCCCUAUAUUCUUCAUGGUGUGAAACAACAGCCCAACGCCCACUGAAUGAGACUGAAGAAACUGCAUAUAAAUGGGAGUUUGGAGGGAAGUCGAUUUUGGAGAACUUUGCUGGCAUCUUUGCUGAGAGAAAGGGAACGUAUCCAACUCCAAGAUGCUGGCUCUCCCCCGCCCGCCACCUUAAAGGGAAUGAAAAAAAAGAAGCAAAACAGCAAACAAAAACUUCUCUUGAGAAAAGCAUUUCUGUAUAGAGCGACGUGAACUCAAAUCCACAUUUUUAUAUAUAAAGAGGAUACAAGAAGAAAAAAACAGUGCAUUGUCCAGAUCAGUGGUCAUCAGCUCUUUUCCUGGAGAUCUACCAAUCUGCCAAGUUCAGCUCCCAAACCUUUGGAACUCAGCUGUGUAGGAUGGUAGAUCUUCAGGAAGUGAGAUGGUGAAGAUUGCUCUGGAUAUUUGAUUACUUUGCUGAAACGAAAGUCCUUGUUAUCAGAGACAGGUUUGCUAAGUCCUUACUCUCCAAAUAAAAAGUGGUCUUCAAAGCAAUUAUUUCAGUCACAUGAAGUGAUUUUCAAAUGUGAACUCAUAUGGAUUAAAAUGUUUGCCGAUUUUUAUUCAAUUUCAAAAAUUUUAGCCAUUUGUCCACAAAAUUUUCAGUUUUUCUUCCUCAGUAUGUUUUUUUUUUUUAGAUUUUUUAUCCCUCAAUAUGGUUGCCAUUUGCAUAGGCUGGUCAGAGUAUAUUCCCGUUCUUACUUAAUGUUAUUGUAAAGUGUUCCUGUGAGAUGAAUUUAAAUAUGUGUACAUUGACAGAGGAAAAAAUACACUUGGUUAUAUACUUCUUAAAUUUC